CUAUUUUAAUUGUCUAUUUUAGUUAAACAGUUUACAGUUUGAAGAAUAAUAUGCACAUUGAAUAUAUUCAUACAAAUGUAAGUAGCUUAAAGGUUACAUUAUAUUAUUAUAAUUUUUGUAACUUGGUAUCAGUGUCUAGUUUGUGAAAACAGGAACGUUUUUAUUGUAGGAACCAUCUGCUCUUGAUAUAAAAGCAGGAACCAAUGUUUGUUUUGGUCUCGCUCGUCUCGCUGGAAGGGGAGAAGAUGAUCUUCCUCAUCCUGCUGCUCCUCUUCCUCACCCCCUGUGUCUCUGGAACAUUUGUAGUGAAUGUGACUCAGACUUCCUAUCAGGCAGAGGAGAACCAGAACAUCACCCUGGAGUGGACCUUCAGCACCAGAAGAGAAACUUCACUCAGAUCCAUUUCUACCAUCUGUCAGCUGUUAACUGAGACCAGAACCUACUUCAUGUUUCAUCUCCAUCAAGGUGUUGAAUCCCCAGAGUCUCAGGAUCCAGAGUUUGCAGGACGAGUCCAGUGGGACAAAGACGUCCUCACAGAAGGACGCCUCACACUUCAUGUCUCCAGACUCAGGACCAAUGACUCUGGGUUUUAUGUGUGUGACAUACUUGUCACACCUGAUGGGAGUAACUCUAGGAGAUGGUGGCUCAAAGUCACUGCUGCUGAAGAGCUCCAACCUCAGAGACCAGAGAGUUGGACAGGUGUUUGGGUUACUGUUGGAGUGUCAGCAGCUGUUCUGGUUUUCUUUGUUGUCAGCAUUUGGAAAGUUUGUAUUCCUAGAUAUGAGAGAAGAACCCACAAUGCAGUCAUACAGAUGGAGAGUUUAUCAGAGGAACAAACCAUACGGACUAACAUAUCUCCGUCUGAAUCUGAGCAUAAAGUGAGACUCUCCAACAUCUGAUUUAAGAGUCAGAAAGGACCUCAGUGUAACCUCUGUAAAGUGUCAUUUUUAUACUUUUUUAUUUCAGUUUUCACUGAGUUUUAUCAUUCAGCUGUAAGGUCAUCAAACCCUUUGUGUACAUGGAUAUUGUUACCAUGCUGCACUUAAUGUCAUUCUCAAAUGUUACACAUUAUAAAUACAUCAAUUUUAUUUACUUUUUGACUUAAAAGUGACACAACCUGCAUUGAAUGUCCUACAGGAGGGAAUAUUUGGAAAUGUCGUAUUGGAUCGACUUCAAAGUGUUAAAAUGCUUUAUUGCUAGUUAUUAUAAUAAAGGUGUUUAUUCUUUCA